GAACACUUCCCUCAUCAACUGGGCACAUGGAUAUUUCUCUUUUAAACAUACCUAUUCUCAUUUAAACCAACACGUUUCUAAUACAAAUACGCUUACAAAAGUGUAAAAUAUGGCCGGUGCUCCUAUAAAUGCGAUUCAAACACUACCUAGAUUUCUUCUGCCACGGCUGAGUUGGACAGGAGUUAGUGGACCUUCAUCAGUACUCCGAGCGACAAUUCCCUCAGACUUCCAACUGUCACGACACAGACAUGGAAUGGCUUCUUUUCACUCGUGUCUAAAUGCAAAUGCGGAACGAAGAUUUCCGAGAAAUGUACCAACGAAACCAUCUUCAAUACUUCAAAACCAUCGUCUAAGACGAUCAUUCCAUGCAACCGCGCCGCGGGGUAGAGACCACCAUUUCGAUACUCUAAAGUUCGUCCAACGACUACAGAGUGAAGGAUUUACAGAAGAGCAGUCUGUCGCUAUGAUGAAAGUUCUCAACGAUGUAAUUCAAGAGAGCAUUCAAAACCUAACCCGGACGAUGGUCCUACGCGAAGAUGCUGCCAAAGCCACCUAUACACAAAAGGUCGACUUCGCCAAACUCCGUUCCGAGCUCCUCUCCGCAGACAGCACUGAGUCCAAUACAACGCGCGUAGCCCACGAGCGAUUAACGAACGAUAUCACCAAGUUAAAUAACCGCCUUCGCGACGAGAUCGGCCGGACCCAAGCCUCGGUACGACUAGACCUGAACUUAGAAAAGGGUCGCAUACGAGAAGAGGCCGUGAGCCAGGAACUAAAGAUCAAAGAAACAGAGACCAAGAUCGAGCAAGAGGUUGCGGCUCUAAGAGAAAAAUUAGAGCAAGUCAAGUUCCAGACACUUCAGUGGCUCAUGGGUGUCUGUACUGGUUUUGCCGCACUGCUCCUUGGUGCAUGGAGAUUACUCAUGUAGAGAGAGUGAAAGUAAUGGUUUGCGCGAUUGUUCAACACUGCGGCAUAAGGAACAUGCAUUUUGGUUGAAGUUAGAGUAUUCCCAGUCGCGAGACGUCAGUAAGAUAUCAUAGACGACAGGUAUUCAAAUCCAAGAGGGGUUACAACCCUGCGCCACUUCCAUUAAAGUGAUCGUUAUUAUCAGCUAGACGUUUGUUCGACGCCACAGAGCCUAGGGAAGCAUCCUAACUUAGUGUGUCUCCUUAGCAAUCGUCCACGCUUAAUAUACUUAAUAGAGCUUGUUAUCUGCAAGAGGGACUAUUAUAUCUAAAUUACGGCUCGAUUAAAAGUAAGAACAUGAUUAAUUUGAUACUA